AUGAGGACAGCGGAAGGGGGUGAGGAGGCCCCUGAGGCCCCCAUGCCCACCCACAUCGAUGUGCAUAUCCACCAGGAGCCUGUGCUGAACCUAAGCUGCCUGCUGUGGCCUUCUGCCCCCAACACCACCUCCUGGACCCCAGGACACAGACGGCUGCUCGUGGCCUCCUCAGUGGUACAAAUCAUGCUGGGGCUGAUGAGUGGGGUCCUGGGAGGACUUGGCUGCAUCGCAUUCUCCAACAAUUACCCGUAUGCCAUGGCCAGAUGGGUCGCUGGCAUCUGGACAGGGGCUGUGGCUGUGCUGGCUGGAGUCAUUUGCUUCAUUUACGAGAAAUGGGGUGGCACCUGCUGGGCCCUGCUGAGGACUCUGCUUGCCCUGGCAGCUUUCGCCACGGCCAUUGAAGCCAUCUACACUGGGGCUUAUUAUUUCCAGGAAUUAAGCUAUGGGUUUGAACAGGAAUUGUGUACUAGCCCCCCGUCCUGGGCGCCUACCAGCCGCCCCUGGGCGCCUACCCUCCCCACCAGCACUCCUGAAGAAGCCAACAGGCAGCACUAG